AUGGCAUUCAUCAACAUGUCAUAUUUGAACCCCAGAACGGUAACCUUGAUUGGCAUCCCUGGCCUAGAGCAUGUGCAGUUUUGGAUUGGGUUUCCUUUUUUUGCUGUGUGCCUAGUGGCUCUUUUGGGAAAUAGCAUCUUAUUAAUCAUCAUCCCUUCAGAACGUAGCUUGCACCAGCCCAUGUACAUCUUCCUGGCUGUGCUGGCAGCCACCGACAUAGGACUCUGUGCAGCCAUUGUUCCUAAGAUGCUGGCCAUCUUUUGGUUCAGAUCUUGUUCCAUGGCCUUUGAUGCCUGCCUAGCCCAGCUGUUUUUCAUCCAUACCUUGCAGUGCAUGGAGUCUGGUGUUCUCUUGGCCAUGGCCUUUGACCGCUACAUCGCCAUCUGUGAUCCUUUGAGGCACACGUCCAUCCUCACUCCUUCCAUUGUGGGUCGCAUGAUAGUGGUCAUGGCAAUUCGAGCUAUAGUGCUGGUUGGUCUGUUACCCAUUCUAAUCAAAAGACUGCAUGUUUUCCAUUCCAUUCUUAUUGCCCACUCUUACUGUGAGCACAUGGCUGUGGUCAAGCUGGCUGCAGAAGACAUUCUAGUCAAUAAGUCAUGUGGUCUUUUUGUAGGCUUUACCAUUCUUGGAUUUGACAUGAUUUUUAUCCUCAUAUCCUAUGUUCUGAUUUUCCAAGCUGUUUUUCGUCUACAACAAAAGGAGGCACGGCUAAAAGCAUUUAACACAUGCACAGCUCAUAUUUUUGUCUUCCUCGAGUUCUAUAUUCUUGCCUUUUUCUCUUUUUUCAGCCACCGUUUUGGACAUGUUGCCCCCUCUACCCACAUUCUUUUGUCUACCAUCUACCUCCUUGUGCCACCUGCACUGAAUCCUAUUGUCUAUGGUGUAAAAAAUAAGGUGAUUUGUAACCGUGUGGCAAAGAUUUUUCUUCUGAAUCAUGGAUCUCAGCAAUGA